AUGAUGGCGCGAAUGCGACUUCCCUCUCUGCUCGCCUCUGUCGCUUUAUUGCUGUGCAUUUUCUUAUCAGAUUUCGUCAAUGCCCAAUCGAAAGAUGAAGCUCCGCUCCAUACUACGAAUCAUGUGAAACGUUAUGGCUCUGGAGCCCCCUACUGGAUGUCUGAGAUUACCAGACAAGGCAAGGUCGUGUAUGGCUCAAACUCUUCAUACGUUGUGUGGAGAAACGUCAUGGACUAUGGUGCAAAAGGCGACGGAAUCACGGACGAUACUGAUGCUAUCAACAAUGCGACCUACGAUGGCAAUAGGUGUGCCUAUCCCUGCGACUCGCAGACUACUGCUCCGGCCAUUGUAUACUUCCCGCCUGGUACUUAUGCCAUCAGCCGGCCACUGAUUAUGCUGUACUACACGCAAUUUAUUGGUGAUGCGAACAACUUACCUGUGAUUUUGGGUCUACCAAACUUUUACGGCAUCGCGUUGCUUGACGCCGAUCCUUACCUGGCCUAUGGAUAUAGUUGGUACGCCAAUCAGAACAACAUGUGGCGUCAGGUUCGAAAUCUUGUUCUGGACAUUCGACAGAUCCCCCCUGGUACCGCGCAUUGCUUGCAUUGGCAAGUCGCACAAGGAACAUCGCUGCAGAAUAUUGUAUUCGAGAUGACCGAAGGAGGUGACGACAACCAGCAAAUGGGAAUUUUCAUGGACAAUGGGUCGGCGUUGUAUCUGGAAGAUCUCAUCUUCAAUGGUGGAUCUAUCGGCUUCUUCUCUGGCAACCAACAAUUCACCUGUCGCAAUUUGACCUUCAACAAUUGUCAGACUGCGAUCUAUCAGAAUUGGAACUGGCUGUUCGCUUACAAGGACAUCGUCAUCAACAACGCCAGGAUUGGUAUAGAUAUGACCCAAGGCGGAGACAUCAUAACCACGGGCUCGAUCAGUUUACAAGAUGCGACCAUGAACAAUGUCGAAAUUGGCGUCCUUACAACAUUCUCCACCAACUCAACCCCCACUUCCGCCGGUACAUUCCUUCUAGACAACGUGAACUUUGUGGAUACACCAAUCGCGGUCCAGCAUUCUCCUAGCAAUGUCACGAUUCUUGAAGGAAACCAGAGAAUUGCGUCAUGGGCUCAAGGCAGAGUCUACACUGCGUACGAGUCGUCCUACGAAGAAAACAAUCUUACUUGUUACGGACCUGCAGCCAGGUUCGACCGGGUACAACAGCUCGUCGAUCCGGCUCCCAAGUCUCCUUCUUUGCUCACUCCGGACGGAGAUAUCUUUACACGCUCAAGACCGCAGUAUGAGGGUGUUCCGGUAGAAAGCUUCAUAUCCAUCAAGACCUAUGGAUGUGCUGGUGACGGUGUCACCGAUGACACGGCAUGCUUACAGAGUUUCUUGAACUCCAUCCAGCCAGAUCAGAUUGCCUACAUCGACUAUGGUGCUUAUGUCAUCAGAGACACUAUCAACUUCCCCAUACCAAUUAAGGUCCAAGGUGAGCUUUGGCCUUAUUUUAUGGUGGACGGCACUGCACCAAAGUUCAGCAACGCCAAUGACCCCCAGGUCGCUUUCAGAGUUGGUGUUCCUGGACAAGUUGGCGAUAUUGAACUCGUCGAAAUCAUGUUUCAGACCUUGGGUGCUGCUCCAGGCGCAAUCAUGAUGGAGUGGAACCUUGCGCAAUCCUCACCAGGAUCCGCAGCAAUGUUCGACGUCCACUGGCGUAUCGGUGGCACAAAUGGUACUCAGCUGCAAUCAUACAAUUGUCGCAAGACACCCAAUGUGCCCACCACACCGAAACCCGAAUGCUACGGUGCAUUCUUGCUUCUUCACAUCACGCGAUCCGCGUCUAUGUACAUGGCCAACAACUGGGGCUGGGUCAGUGAUCACGAAAUGGACUUGCUUGAUCAUGACCAAAUCAAUCUUUGGAAUGGUCGCGGAGUCUUGGUCGAGAGUCAGGGUCCGAUGUGGAUGUUGGGCACUUCUUUCGAGCAUAGUAUGCUUUACAACUACCAGAUCGCCUCUGCGAAGGAGAUCUACAUCAGUGCCAUUCAGUCCGAAACUGCCUAUAUGCAGAAUAACCCAAACGCCGUCUCGCCUUAUCCUCCUUUAUCGAACUGGAACGAUCCGACCUUUUCUGACUGUUUCACUGUCAACUGCCCCAAAACUUGGGGUCUGCGCAUCUUCAACAGUACAUACAUCUUCGCCUACGGUGCUGGAAUGUAUUCGUUCUUUAACAACUACGACUCUGGAUGUCUGGCAACCACCAACUGUCAACAAAAGAUGGUCAGUGUUGAACAGAGCCAGGGUAUUUACCUGUAUGCGGUCAACACUGUGGGUUCGUCCAAUCUGGUCACUGUCGAUUCGGUGGACCUCGUCCCAGCAAUCUCGAAUGCCAAUGGUUUCGCCGAUACUGUGGCAAUCUUUGAGUAUCCUUAA